AACUAAUAAAAAUUUUCGAUUUCUUGAUUAGGUUAUAAUGGUUCUUGGUGUGAAAUCAUCGAAGCACAAAAAGAAGGGCCCGUCGAUUAAACUCGAUUACAUCGUCCACGUACAAGAGAUCAAACCGUGGCCCCCUUCCGAAUCCCUCAAAUCCGUACAAACCGUUUUACUCCAAUGGGAAAACACCGACGAAAACUCCGGUUCCUUCAUCUCCGUCGCCGGAGAAUCCAACAUCGUGUUCAACGAGUCUUUCAUGCUCCCCUUAACUCUUUACCGACGAAAAAAAUUCCCCGAAAAAUUCAAGAAAACUUACCUAGAGUUCACCUUAUCCGAGCCCCGUAAGGACAACAAGACCAAACCACAACCCCUCGGUAUCGCUUCGAUUAAUCUCGCGGAUUACGGAUUAUUAGUCGAAGAUGUGCUAACCGUUAGCGCUCCACUAGUCUUCAAGAAGAAUAUUCCUAAUUGCUCGGUGCAGUCAUUUUUGGCUAUUAGUUUGGAGCUCGUUGAAAAGGAUAGUUCCAACGACUCGUCGCGUUUAUCGCACGAGGCGUCUUUGGACAACGAUGACGAGGAUUCCGAAAUCACCUCUUACACCGACGAUGAUGCUUCUUCUCAUUCGUCGAGGACCGCCGGAUCUUCGACUUUUGAGCUCGCAAUCGCUUCACCGUCUCUAAGCGAGAAGGUUUGGCUAUUUUAUUUUAUUUUAUUUUUUCUAAUUUUUCUUGAGUGGAUAUGGAUACGCCGGAAUCGACCUUACAAGAGACCGGAGCAAGAAUUCGUGGGGCCCACCAUCGGCCGAUCAGGCAUCGGCCGGUACAUGGAACAAAGUGAAGGACUAUGUUUCGUUGUCCAAAUUCUCUGA